UCCACGGCUCUUCGCUUUUUCGGCGCUGGAGAGUGUUGGGACCAGGGCUGGAGAAGACCGCCGGGGAGCAUCAGAGAUAAGAUCCAGUCCUGUGCACGGAGCCUCGACUGGGCGAACGCGGCGCCGUGCGUUUUUCUUUUUUGGGGGGGGGGACUGCACAACAUUCCUGUGAAAUAUAACUGCUAUUAAUGGCAUGUGGCUUGUAACUUUACUCCUGCUGUUUUCUUUGCAAGAAGCCAACAGUGAGGAUGUUGUCUCUACUCGGCUGUACUUUGUGAACGCCUCCCUGCAGCGAGUGACCUUCUCCAGCUCGGUGGGGGUGUCCCUGCCCUGCCCUGCGGGCGGCGCCCCCCAUGCCGUCCUGCGCUGGUACCUGGCUGCCGGAGACGACAUUUACGACGUGCCCCACAUACGCCACGUGCAUGCCAACGGCACCCUCCAGCUCUACCCUUUCUCCCCCUCUGCUUACAACAGCAUCAUCCACGACAACGAGUACUUCUGCACCGCCGAGAAUCAAGCGGGCAAGAUCCGAAGCCCCAGCAUCCACGUUAAAGCAGUGUUCAGGGAGCCCUACACAGUCCGAGUGGCAGACCAGCAUUCCAUGCGGGGUAACAUUGCCGUAUUCAAGUGCCUCAUCCCUUCAGCUGUUCAAGAGUACGUCAGCGUGGUGUCCUGGGAGAAAGACACCGUUUCCAUCAUCCCUGGUAAUCGUUUCUUCCUGACCUCAUUUGGCGCUUUAUAUAUCUCAGAAGUGCAGAAGGAAGAUGCUUUGUCCACCUACCGCUGCAUCACAAAGCACAAGUACAGUGGAGAGACCCGCCAGAGUAAUGGAGCCAGGCUCUCUGUAAAGGACCCUAAGGAGUCCCCCCCAUCUGUGCUGGAUAGUUUCCAGUCUGGUGAGAUGCAGGUUGGACACAGCGUGGAGCUGCCCUGCAUUGCCUCCGGAUAUCCAAAUCCCACCAUCCGAUGGUUGAAGGAUGGUCGACCACUGCCAGCUGACUCUCGCUGGACACGCCGCAUCACUGGCCUCACUAUCUCUGACUUAAGACUUGAGGACAGUGGCAACUACAUUUGUGAAGUCACGAACAGCUUUGGCUCCAAAGAGGUGACGGGUCAUCUCAAUGUUAUAGAACCACUGCGGGUCACUUUGUCUCCAAAGAACCUCAAGACUGGGAUCAGCAGUACAGUAAUCCUCUCCUGUGCCGUCCAGGGUUCCCCCCACUUUACUGUUUCCUGGUACCGUAACACAGAACCUGUGAUGCCUGAUCAGCACUUUUCCAUCCAAGGAGCACACAAUGAGACACUCUUCAUUUCUGCUGCACAAAAAAGACAUUCUGGAGCUUACCAGUGCUUUGCCUCACGAAAGGGCCAGACUGCCCAGGACUUCUCCAUCAUACUGCUGGAAGAUGGUACGCCCCGUAUUGUCGCCUCCUUCAGCGAACGAGUGGUGCUCCCUGGUGAGCCAUUUUCCCUGAUGUGUGCUGCCAAAGGAGCCCCUCCGCCUACCAUCACCUGGACCCUGGAUGACGAGCCCGUGGCUCGGGAUCUGUCACGUGUGAGAUCCAGCCAGUACACGCUCUCCGAUGGGAGCACCGUUAGCUUCGUCAACGUCAGCAGCCCGCAGAUUCGUGAUGGAGGAGUGUAUCGGUGCGCCGCACGAAACUCGGCUGGUAGUGCUGAGUACCAAGCGCGCAUAAACGUAAGAGGGCCUCCGAGGAUUAGGCCUAUGAAGAAUAUUACAGCGGUGGCAGGAAGAAACACUUUCAUAAACUGCAGAGUAAUUGGGUAUCCUUAUUACUCAAUUAACUGGUACAAGGAGGGAAUUCUGCUGCCUGACAACCAUCGUCAGGUGGUGUUUGAGAAUGGGACACUUAAGCUCAGCGAUGUUCAGAAAGGCAUGGAUGAGGGCGCCUAUGUGUGCAGCGUGCUGAUCCAGCCACAGCUAUUCAUCACACAAACCAUUUAUGUCACCGUCAAAGUCCCCCCGCUGAUCCAGCCGUUUGACUUUCCCCCAACCUCCAUCGGUAAAUUGAUGUACAUCGCCUGUGUGGUGUCAUCUGGAGACAUGCCCAUACGAAUCACCUGGCGUAAGGACGGCCAGGAGAUUGUGCCCUCCUCGGGGAUCACCAUUGACACAAAGGAGUUUAUGAGUUCACUGCAGAUUUCCAAAGUGUCGCUCAAACACAACGGCAACUACACCUGCAUCGCUAGCAACGAUGCUGCUACUGUCAGCACAGAGAGGCAGCUCACAGUUACAGUUCCUCCACGAUUUGUUGUGCAGCCCAACAACCAGGAUGGCAUCUAUGGCAAAUCAGCAAUCUUGAACUGUUCUGUUGAUGGAUACCCUCCUCCUAAGGUCAUGUGGAAGCACGCCAGAGGAGCUUUAGCUGGGAUUGGAAACCCACAGCAGUACCACCCGGUUCCUCUAACUGGCCGCAUUCAGAUCAUGACUAAUGGCUCCCUGCUGAUCAGACAUGUACUGGAGGAAGAUCGAGGUUUCUACCUCUGUCAGGCCUCCAAUGGCGUGGGUUCGGACAUCAGCAAGAGUAUGGUUCUCACUGUUAAGAUCCCAGCAAUGAUCACCAGUCACCCCAACACUACCAUGGCCAAAAAGGGUCAUGUGAAGGAGCUGAACUGCACAGCCAGAGGAGAAUGGCCCAUCAUCAUCCGUUGGGAAAGAGGUGACACAGUGAUUGACCCAGAUCGCAACCCCCGGUACUCCAUAACCACAAGCCCCAAUGAAAAGACAGAUGAGGUGUUGUCUACUCUCAAGCUAAAGCCAGCAGAGCGUGAAGAUUCAGUCUUCUUCUCCUGUCAUGCCAUCAACUCUUAUGGAGAAGGACGAGGCCUUAUCCAACUCACUGUGCAAGAGCCUCCAGACCCUCCAGAGCUAGAAGUGCGAGAAGUAAAAGAUCGUAGCAUGAAUCUUCGAUGGACACAAAGAUUUGAUGGAAAUAGCGUCAUUACCUCCUAUGACAUUGAAUACAAAAACAAGACAGAUACUUGGGAGCUGAAGCAUGCCACUCGAAAUAUAUCUCCCACAAACAAUCAGGCCAACAUAGUAGACCUCCACCCUGCAUCCGUCUACAGUAUCCGUAUGUUCUCAUACAAUGCAAUAGGCAAGAGUGAGGCCAGUAAAGAGCUCACCAUCAGCACCGAAGAAGCACAGCCUGAUGGUCCUCCAAUGGAUGUCGUCCUUCAGCCAGUCACCUCUCAAAGUAUCCGGGUGACCUGGAAGGCACCAAGAAAAGAGCUCCAGAAUGGGGUUAUCCGUGGUUAUCAGAUCGGCUACAGAGAGAAUGGCCCUGGCAGCAACGGCCAGUACAGCAUUGUUGAGAUGAAAGCCACUGGGGACAGUGAGGUCUACACCCUGGACAACCUGAAGAAGUUUGCUCAGUACGGCGUGGUUGUCCAGGCCUUCAACAGAGCAGGCACAGGACCUUCAAGCUCAGAGAUCAAUGCGACAACACUGGAGGAUGUGCCUAGUCAGCCUCCUCAGAACGUACGAGCCAUCUCCGUAACGUCAGAUGAGGCGGUGAUCAACUGGGCUGAACCUCCUAGAAUGACUCUCCAUGGUGUACUGAAGGGAUAUCGUGUUGUGUUCUGGGCUGUGUUCCCAGACGGAGAGUGGGGUGAAAUGCAAAACAUUACAACCACCAAGGAGCAGGUGGAGCUCAAAGGCCUUGAGAAGUUCACCAACUACAGCAUCCAGGUUCUGGCCUUCACCCAGGCCGGAGACGGUGUUCGGAGCAACGUCCUGUAUAUCCAAACCCGUGAAGACUAUCCCGGACGUCCAGCUGGCAUUAAAGCAGUGCCCUCCUCUGCCAGCAGUGUCGUAGUAUCGUGGUUACCCCCUCAUAAACCAAAUGGAAUCAUCCGCAAGUACACCAUCUACUGCUCCAGCUCUGGUUCCGGCCAACCGCUGCCAAGUGAGUAUGAAGCUAACCCAGAACUACUUCUUUACCGAAUCACCCACCUGAACCACCGGCAGCAGUACCUGAUCUGGGCUGCUGCUGUCACCACUGCCGGCCGCGGUAACAUCAGCGACAAAGUUACAGUGGAGCCUGCUGCAAAGGCCCCUGCCAAAAUCUUGUCAUUUGGAGGUACGGUAACCACUCCUUGGAUGAAGGAGGUGCGUCUGCCUUGUAGUUCCGUAGGUGAACCAACACCUACAAUCAAAUGGACCAAAGACAGUGAGGACACAGCAAUCCCAGUGUCUCUUGAUGGACAGCGCCUCAUUCUGGCCAAUGGGACGCUGGUCCUGCGAUCCGUCAAAGCUGAAGACUCUGGUUAUUACACCUGCACAGCCACCAACACAUUGGGCUUCGACACCAUCAUAGUCAACCUUUUGGUGCAAGUCCCUCCAGAUCAGCCUCGUCUUACCGUUUCCACCACCUCCACCUCCUCCAUUACUCUCGCCUGGAUUCCAGGGGACAAUGGAGGCAGCUCCAUCAGAGGCUUUGUGCUACAGUAUUCUGUUGAUAACACAGAAGAAUGGAAAGAUGUUUUCAUCAGUUCAUCAGAGCGUUCAUUUAAACUGGAAAACCUGCGCUGUGGGACCUGGUACAAAGUCAAGCUGGCUGCCAAGAACAGCGUUGGAGCUGGACGCAUCAGCGAGAUCAUUGAGGCAAAGACCCACGGGCGAGAACCUCAGUUCAACAAGGACCAGCCUAUCUUCACCUACGUCAACUCCACCCAUGCUCGCCUCAACCUGCAGGGCUGGGCCAGCGGAGGCUGUCCAAUCACCUCAAUGACACUGGAAUUCAGACCAAAAGGUAUGUGGACAUGGCAGCAUGUCCGCAACAACGCCACCACAGACGUGUUUCUGGCAGAACUACGUGAAGGCACCUGGUAUGAGUUGAAGAUGAAAGCAUGUAACAGUGCUGGCUGUGGCAACCAGAGUUCUCAGUUUUCAACACCCAACUAUGAUGGCAGCACCAUUCCUCCCAUUAAGUCCCCCUUGGAAAAAAAUGACGAUGUGAAGAAGCUGUUUUCAAUUGGCUGUCCUGUGAUUCUGGUGACUCUUGGGGUUGCGCUGCUGUUUGUCGCCAUUCGCAAGAAACGCAAAGAGAAGAGGCUGAAGAGACUCCGAGAUGCCAAAAGUCUGGCAGAGAUGCUCAUCAGUAAAAACAACCGCAGCUUUGACACGCCAGUGAAAGGACCUCCACAGGGCCCACGGCUACACAUUGACAUCCCCAGAGUGCAGCUGCUAAUUGAGGACAAAGAAGGCAUCAAGCAAAUCGGAGAUGACAAGGCCACUAUUCCUGUGACAGACACAGAGUUCAACCAAACUGGGAAUCCUCAGAGCUUCUGCACUGGUGUUUCUGUCCAUCACCCUGCCCUCAUCCAAAACACAGGUCCUUUGAUAGACAUGUCUGACAUCAGACCAGGAACCAACCCAGUGUCAAGGAAGAGUGUUAAGUCAGCCCACAGCAUCAGGAACCGCUACUCCAGUCAGUGGACUCUGACCAAGUGUCAGGCUUCAACGCCAGCCCGCACUCUCACUUCAGACUGGCGCACAGUUGGUUCUCAGCAUGGUAUCACUGUCACAGAGAGUGACAGCUACAGUGCCAGCCUCUCACAGGACACAGACAAGGGGCGCAACAGCAUGGUGUCCACCGAGAGUGCCUCCUCCACCUACGAAGAACUGGCAAGAGCCUACGAGCAUGCAAAGCUGGAGGAACACCUGCAGCAUGCCAAAUUUGAGAUUACAGAGUGCUUUAUAUCCGACAGCUCAUCUGAUCAGAUGACUACAGGUACCAAUGACAACGCAGACAGUAUGACGUCUAUGAGCACACCAUCAGAGCCCGGUAUCUGCCGUUUCACUGCCUCACCGCCCAAACCCCAAGACUACGAUCGUGGCAAGAAUGUAGCCGUGCCCAUUCCACACCGCGCCAAGAGCGACUACUGCAACCUGCCCCUGUACAUGAAGUCCGAUCCCUUUUUCCGAAAGCAGUCAGAACACCAUGACCCAUGUCCAGUAGUUCCACCACGUGAAGCCUCUAUUCGUGGCCUAGCCCAGCGAGCGUACCACAGCCAGGGCCGUCACGUGACUAUGGACUCUGCAAAGCAACAGGCUCUGACCAUGGGCCACUCUGGCCUGUCAAACCUCACUUCCUCUGGGGCGUCUUCUGGAGGAGCAACAGGAGGCGGCGGUGGAGGCUUGUCUGCUAGCUCCAGCAGCUCCACGCUUCCCCAGCGGACUCUCACCAUGCCUGGCUCCGCUGCUUCUGCGGCUCAGAGUGCUGCUGCCGCCGCUGCAGCCACCGCUGCAGCCACCGCUGCUGCAGGGAACGCAUCAUCUUCCUCUGGCGGUGGGGCAGCAGGGACCUCAGGGGCGACCCCUGGAGGUGCCUCUUCUUCCUCCUCCAAAAUGGGAGGAUCCAGAGACUCUCUCCUGGAGAGCAGCUCUUCGGGAUUAGGCAGACUGCAGAAGCAGAGGGAUGGGGGGUCAGGAGCCUACUCCAAGUCCUACACACUGGUGUAGCCUGCCAAUAGCGAGGCCUGUCACUGUAACUCUUAAUACAAUGCUGGUUCAGCCAGCGUUUGCCUGGAGCCUCUAUGGUGAAUCGGGGUGACAAACAUACACAUGCACAGCUUACCCGUCAGUGCCUGUGCUGUGCCAGCCUGCAGGGAGCUGGUUGGGCUCCCGUCAACACAACUGUUUCAAGGGGUCAGAGUUGGGUGUCCACAGCACAGGGGCUUGCCUUUCUUUCUGCCUGAUUGUGUUCCGUUAUAUUUGUGUAAUUUCUCUCUUUCUCUCUCUCUCGCUCUUUCUAUUUUUUAAAUCACCCUGGAAAUCACUUGCCAAAACAAAAAUGAUCUAUCUGUUCAGUCUAUCUUCAUUUUCAGGCAAGGACACAGAACUUAUGCACAAAAUGCUUUUAACUUGCACUGUCUUGCUUUCUAUAACAAGACAGCUGUAGAUUGAACCAGGUUGCUUAAGAUGUGUGUUGACGUUUCUUUUUUUCUUUCUUUUUUUAAAAAACAAUAUGUAACCUUUAUGUUCUCUGAUGGAAGAUUUGUUCAUAUCUCAGCAUUGUGCCAUGGCAGAAUGCUUUUGCUGUAUGCACAAAUCCCCAGCCUCUGUGUUACUUUGGCUCUGUAAGGUUAGUCCAUCAUAGAUCCAUACAUUAGAGGCAGAGGAAUGACUCUUGUACAUGCAAUGGAUGACCCAGCAUUGCGGUCACAAUGGAAGAUUUUAUAGAAAGAGGAGCUAAAAAUGUCAAGCAUCAUUGAGUGAAAUCUAGAUUCUUUUUUUUUUAUUUAUCCAAAAAGGUUUAAGUUUGUUUUCAGACGAUGGAAGUAUAACCCCAUGUGCACUAGGAAACAGUUUGAAAGGAUCCAAGUAACAGAAAUGUUGUGAGUGAGUGAGUGAGUGAGUGUGGGGGUGUGCGGGCGUGUGUGUGUGGAUGUAUAUGUGUAAAUAUAUAUGUGUACAUGUGGCAGGCACACACCAACAAUGGACCUUUUUAAAACCAAUCUGUAUGCUGAAUUCUCGGGCAGACGUCUGUGUCUAAACAAAACAAACCCUCCCCAUUUUUUUUUCUUUUUGUACCUAUGAAAACACAGAAUGAUAACGAUGAUGCUGACAAUUUAACUCAAUUUAAAUUUAAUUUACUCUAGUAUUUUUUUAUUUUAAGAUUUGAUAUCUGUUGCUAACAACAUGGUGUAGGUGAGUUAUACAAAUGCUAAUGAAGGACAUAAGCUUUUAUUUGAGGAUUAGAAAUGCAGUGCCUUGCAAAAGUAUUCACCCCCCUUUAUUUAUUUCACAUUUUGUCACAUUGCAACAGCCAACUUUUUAAAAAAAUUAUUGAGACUUUAGGUAAUAGACCAAUAGAGAGUAGCACAUAAUUGUAAAGAGGAAAGAAAAUGAUACCCAGAUUUAUAAAAUUUUUUAUGUAUAUUGUUGUGAAAAGUGUGGAUUCCAUUUAUAUUCAACCCGCUUUAUGCUAAUGCCCCCAAGUAAAAUCCAAUGAACCAAUUUGCUACAGAACUGACUUAAUGAGAAAAUAAUUAACUUGUCAUAAUUUAAUGACGGCAUGUUGCUACUCGGUGCGGAACUUGUUAGAGAAGUUAAAUAAACCAAUAGCGACAUGAAGACCAAGGAACACAACUGACAGGGCAAGGUUAAAAUUUCAGAGCAGUUUAAAGCUGAGUUAUCUAAAAGCAUAAAAGAAGACAACACACCCAUAAACCUUUCCAAGACAUGGAUGUCCACCUAAAUUGAUAACAGGGACAAGGAGAGCAUCAUCGGAGAAGCAGCAAAUUGGCUCAGUUACAACGAGCUUCCUGCGUAAUGGUAACUCUGGAAAAGCUACCGAGAUUCACAGUUCAGGUGAAAACACUUUUACCAGGACAAAUAUUAGUUGCCAUUUAGCAAAUUUGACAUUUAAUGUCAAGGAAUGAGAAGAGAGCCAUUGCUUAAAGAAAGCCAUAAGAUAUCCUGGCAGUUUCUGUUGAAGACGGUUAAUUUGGGAUGAGACCAGAUUUUAACUCUGUGCAAACUAACACUGCACAUAUGAAUUUCCCCCUGUGGAUAACGGUAACUGUGUUGUUAGGAUGUAAUUUCAUUGCAUGGAGAGGGAAGUGUCUCAGGGUUUAGUCCCUGUACUUUGAGAAAAGUACAGGGUGCUUUAGGAAUAAAACUUGAGAUUAGUUGCAAGACCCUUGAGCCUAUCUCCCUGUGGAACAACUACAUUAAACACAUCCAGAGCUGAAAUAUUCACAAGUUAGAUUUUCUAAUUCAAAACUGCGUAUCGUUUUCCUUCCAUUUCACAGUUAUAUGCUGCUUUUGUGUUGGUUUAUCACAUUAAAUCUCUAAAAACUACAUUCAGGUUUGAGGUCGCAUCUAAGGAAAUAUGAAAAAAGUUAAAGGAGUAUUUAUAGUUUUGCAAGGCAUUAGAGGGUCCUGUUUAGUUAUAUUUACUUUUAUCUGGACAAAAAUAAAACAUAUUUUUAGGAAUCUCCCUUGCAGUUCACAAUCCCAUCAUUUCACUGUCGCCUUCACAACACUUCCAUCAUCCACUCUCCUUUCCUCCUGCCCCGUCCCCCAUCACAUUCAUACAGUGUCACUGUGAUGUACUGCUAGCAUGCUGGCCAGACAAAGACAGACCAACCGAACAAGAGGUAUCCUUUAUCCACGUCUGUGCAGAAAUGCUUAACUUUCAGUGACGGUUUGAAUGCGCGCAUUCAGCAAAUUUUUGAGAAAUGUAUUUGUAUGAUUUUGAAUAAAUGAACACACAAUGAAAUUAUGUAGUGUUAAAAGAAUCUGAAGAAUUUGCUUAAAAAAAAAAUCAAGUUUCUCCAACUUUUUUGAAUUUACAUUUUAAUACUAUGGUUGAAAUGGGUUUUUUUUCCUCUUUUGUUUUCAUUCUUCAUUUCUUAUCCCAAAGUUUGUAAUCUCAUAACAAUAAUUGUUCCAAAAAAAAAAAAAGAAAGAAAAGAGUUGCUCCAAAAGUUUUGCAUUGGUAAAACGUAACAUCAGGGCUCUCGCAAUAGAAAAAAGAUAUCAUAUAUGUUUGUUUUAAAAAAAAAAAAAGUAUGUACAUAUAUAUUUCUAUUCAAAUAUAUAGCAAAUAUAUGAAUAAAGAGCAGAGACAUAUAAAAGCCGUUCUAAUUGAAAAUAUAUAUUAAAAGAUCACAAGACAAUCGCUCCGAGUGAAGCAUCACACUAAAUGAUAACGAAACAGGAAGACGGGAGGUUUAAACGGGUAGCACAGCUGUGGAUGGAAGACCUUGGAGAGAACGAAAGUGGUGUGAAAGUUACUGGUGAAACUGGGACUCGAGAAAUGAGACGUUAACUCCCGUGUGAUUUUGAGAAGGACAAGCACAGGAAAGUGAAAAUAUAGUGCGAGAUGUGUUGCUGGUUUAUUGUGGUCUCAGAUAGUGCAGGAAGUGUGGUGUCGCAAAAGAAAACGGUUAAAAGGAAAAGCUUAUAAAGUGAUUGAGCCUCUUGUGGUUUGUUGUAUUGUACCUUCCAAAUAUUUGUGUUCACAGACUCAACGCCACUACCAAACUACAACUAAAGAACACAAGCAGGUUGCGUAUUUCUCCAGGCCAGUGAUAGAUAUUACUGCAGAUAACUGUAAGAAUUAAUUUUUUUUAAAUGUAUUUUGGAAUUGAAGAAUGGAUAUGUGUUGAUUUCUAUACGUAGUGUUAAGAUGCAUUUACUUGCCUUUUUCAUUUUAAGUUAUGCAAACACUUGUCCUGAGAAAAAGUAUGAGUUUGGAAAAGGAUUAAGCCUGUUUUUUUCCCCCAAAGGGCUUCCUUACUCCAACUAUAUGGAUUUUGGUUAGACAGAUGAAAUAAAAAUCCUACCAACAUGCUUUCCCUCCAAUUUUCAGUCAGUUUGCUUAAAGUGAAUGUAUUGCUUUUCAAAGAAAUUUCCACCCCAUCUUAACUGCAAAUUGAAAUGGUGUGUGAACUAAUAUUUCUCUAUUAACCAAAAAACAACUUUUUCAUUAGACUCACACAAUUUGUGUAAAUUUGAGAUUUAUUUCCAAUUUUUUUUGUAAUCACUGUAAUUUGGGAAGUUCACUAAAAUAGAACUGCAAUAUUAAUAGGGUUGCAAUAAAUGUAUAAAUCCCAUUAAUUUUAGGCUUUAGAUUAAUUAUUUCAAGACGGACUGACAAUACAACAUUAAACUUCAGUGAUUUAAAAAAAAAAAAAAGGAUCUGGGUGAACAUGUUUCCAUUUAUUGUGGCUUUUCUCAAAUCUACGUAACUCCUCUGUAUUGUUUGGCAAAAUCUCACCUGGUAGCUGCAUAGAAACCAUAUGCUGCUUGUCAACAUCAAGAUGACUUUGUAUGGUUCAGGGUGGAUGGCAGUGCAGUAUUUUGAGUUUCUGCCGAUGACCUUCCUCUAAGUAAAAUACCUCAAGAAGGUAAAGUCACAGCAGCUCUUGAAGGUUAGCUUUAUACACAAACUGGAAAAGAGGUCCCUGCUCCAUAAAUUGAAUUUUUAGGUGCCCAGAUGGACGGGCCAAGUGGCCUCUGGAGAAAGUGGUCAGAAGAGGCAAACACUGAGCUACUUGACCACAAGAACAAGAAUUAUUUGUGCGUUGAUGUUUGAAACUUGGACAUAAAUUAAACUUUCAAAAGAAAAAGAGAUGUUAAAUAUCCACCCAGAAUCACAGCAGGACCUCGAUGACGGCUUUGAAAACUGUUUCCCUUUCAACUUUAGGAUUGUUUAUGAAAAUAUUAGUGGUAGUCUGAUGGUAUGUCUGAGUAUGAAUGGGUAAUUUUGACCUUGUUCAUGGAAACCCGUUUAUCCAGUUAAAAUUUUUACAUCAUAGACGUGUUGUAUAAUAAUUCAACAUUUCUUGAAUGUUGAAUUCAAAACGUAUAAUUAAAAAAUGUCAUUUAAUGUCUCAAAUUCAUGCCUAUAACUGCAGCUACAUGAUGUGUAAUUUAUAUUUAUAUUAGGUGGAUUUUUCUUUAAAAUGAUACAACAUGCUUUCAAACUGACCUGCAUACUGCCUAUAUUUUACAUCGGUGUUUUUUUUUUUCUACAUCUGUCAACCAAUCAGAACUUCUCCCCUUCCCUCCUCUGUAGCCUUUGUCCACCUUUAUACAAUGAUUUCUACACCAUAAGAAAGGACUUGUGUACAUAUGAAAAGUGUUUUGUAUAAAUGACUACUAUUUUCGACAUCUUCACUAGCAACCAGGGCACAAUGUAAACUCUGAAGUACAGGUGAUGUGAUGAAGAUUCAAUGAAAACUUAGAAUUAAACAAAUAACUGCUUUAUCCUCAUCCAUGGACCAGAUACAACAUGUCUGAAUGGACCAUGCAAUGUUAACUAAUGAUGUUGUUUGAUUUUAUUGGGCGUUUUGUUGCAUAGUUUUAAUUUUUAUUUCUGUUUUUACUUCACAGGAUUUUUUUUGUUUGUUUUCGUUGUUUUUUUUUUUAUCUAGAGGUCCUUUUUUGUCAAUGAGUUUUUUGGGUGAGGGGCAGCAGCGUUGCAUGUUCUGAAAUUUUCCUGGUUAUAAAAGAGAAAAAGGGGAAGAGGUGAAAUGAACAGACAUUAAUAAAAAAAAUAUGAAUUUUAA